AUGUCUCAGGGUAGCGAAAAACGAUCGAGAGGGUUUAGAAGGGGGAGAAGAGGGUUUUGUUUCUGUGCUACGGCUGUUCCCGAAAUAGAUGCAGUGGAAUUCCUCCGGAUGCGUGUUAGCGUAAAAGGUGCAAAGUUUCUAUCAGACGUAUGGAAGAUCUAUGACAGGAAUUGUACCAUGAAGGAAAGAAUUCUAGCCCCAUUAUUAGGGAGAUGGAAGGCCACAAACCAUGUGCUUACCAAUAGGAAUCAGGCUGCACUUGAUGCUCUGCAAUAG